AUGUCUCACCCAACAGUAUCCUCGAACCCUCGCCCCAGCAACAAUUGGAACCAGAAGACACUCGACGCGAAUUCCAAAAUAACCGAGGAAAUCAAUACCGCGCGCGAGCUUCAACAAAACAUGCGACCUCAGAUGAAAGCCAUUGUCGGUAUUCCUUAUCUGAGUGGCGCGAUCAGUUUCAACGGCGAUUUGGCGAAAUGGGUAGAGAAGAACACAUCCCCGAACGACCAAGAGAACUCGUUCUUAAAGUGGCAAGCGGAUAUCCUGGAUGAUUGGGACACCUCGACGUUGUACAACGCAACCAACAGCACGGCCAUGACGUGGGCCGUCCUCGGUCUAACAGACCAGAUGGACUGUCAACCGGAGGACGUGUAUCUUCAUGCCAGUGCAGCCACCUACAACCGAUUCGCGCGGGUCUUCUGGCAACACAUACUAUUUGAUUUAUUAGCACACAUGUCUGGAAUCUCGGGGGAUCAACCACGAAAGAUCAUUUCCAACACUACCGGUCUUUGCAAAGUCGCAGAGGUCAAAGGAGCGAAAGCUAUAACUGGGCCACAAAUAUCCAAACAGUAUUCGAAACAAUAUGCACAAGACGCCCGAGGUCUUUCAUCAAUUGAUGCAUCACCGGUUAUCAAUACGACCAGCCCUAAUCAAUCUCAAGAACAAACAGUGAUUCAGACUACUGCGUCGAAUCUACUCCUCAUGCCGACUCAAAACCAAAGCAGUGAAACCCAGACUACUGCGUCGGGCCAGCUUCACUUUCCAAGAACGACCACAGCUCAUGGAUCCUCAGAUGUCAUUCAAGAGACAUUUGCACCAUUUAUGUCCCAGAUACCCACUCGCGAUCUGUAUCGCUCAAUUCCACGUGAUGUCACUCGAGCAAGCCGUAUCAUAUUCGACCUUCUCGAGUCGGUCGACAUUCGGGAGAAGAAGCUGGCAUGGCCGCACACCCUCAACAAUUUCGCACUCGCAGGUGCAACAUUAUCAUGGCUCCUCAAUAAUAUGUUCGCGAUCCGCAUAGCCAUGGGGAAUAUCAACAAACCAUUUCCCAUUGAAUUGAUCGAGCGCAGCAUAUGGCGCGCUGUCAUCGAGAUUGCCGUCGGUGUUGAUGUUCAGACAGCCGUGUUAAAGAUCGUGAACGAUUGGGAGUCACCAGAGAUGAGGACAGCACUCGCGAACGACGACCGUGCCCCAAUGUGGUUCAGGAAUUUGAGAGACCCGAACGUUCAGUCUGCUUCGACCGAGAAUCCGCCAGAGAAUCAAGCUUCAAAUGCAACACCCAAUGAUUCUGAUUCGGAUGAAGCUGACACAAAUAACGUCACAACAGAAGACUUGGGGGGAGAGGCCAUUACUGCAUGCAGUAUGGCAGGCACGAUACCUGCUUCUAUUGAGACAGUGACCGGAGGAGAUGAUUGUCAGGAAGAGGAACAGAUCUGGGUUAAGGGCAAAGGGCGGUUACGUCAGACGUGA